UUAUGAACAAUGUUACGAACAGGCCUUGCGAAAUAUGACUUCCUGCUUGAAUCUGAUUGGAUUCUAUCAACUGCAGUCGACCUCAAACAGACUUCAGAGCGGUACCAGUGGAGACGCAUAUCAGAGUAACUACUCAGCUAAUUGUAAUUGAAGUUAGAAUCAUACAGUAGAUAUUACCAUUAGGAGUCAGAAAGAAAGGUAAUCAUACAGUAAGUUAAUACCGUAAGUACAAGUAAGUUAGAAUCAUAGAUAUUACAAUAUCAGGUCAGUCAGCCUGAAUUAGUUCAUUCAUUGAUUGAUUGGGGAAAUCAUUGAUAUUCGGUACGGUUAGUUAAGAUGGCCGACUACAUCAACAAACAGGUGAUUGAAUUAAAAGCAGUUAAUGAAGAAAACCGGAACGGAGCAACAAGGAGCGUGAAGACUGAGACCCAUCUCUCAGAUGGAAGACUAAGACUCUACAGGCUGGCUGCUGUGUGUUUUGGAGUGCUGUGUCUUCUACAAGUCACCCUCAACAUCUCCCUGAGGCUGGCUUUCUAUAACAGAGGCAAUGUGACUGUGGAGAGAGACAAGCUACAGACCAGUUACAACACACUGACUGCAGAGAGAGACCAGCUUCAGAAGGAAAGAGAUGAUCUCAUGAGAAAUUUCUCUAAUCUGAAACAAACCUGUCCUGAUGGCUGGCAGAAGUUCAACUCCAGUUGGUACUUCCUGUCUACUGAGACUAAAACCUGGAAGGAGAGCAGAGAGGACUGUCUGGAGAGAGGAGCCGACCUGGUGAUCGUAAACAGUGAUAUGGAACAGUUUCUCUUAGGCCUCAAUAAGGGAGCCUGGAUUGGUCUGACUGACUCUGUUACUGAGGGGACCUGGAGAUGGGUGGACGACACCCCACUGACCACCCCAAGUUACUGGCACUCACAGCAACCUGAUAAUGGUGGUGACAACCCAGCAAAUGGGGAGGAGGACUGUGUUGAGCUGAACACAGAAACAUGGCGUCCUGCAAAGGCAUGGAAUGACCAGUCAUGUUUAGACCAUCGUCACUGGAUCUGUGAGAAAGUGGUUUAACAUCACCAUGACAACAGAGGAGGCUGGUGGGAGGACGCGCGGUGGGAGGACAUACAGCACCUUACAGUGCUCACCACUUCAUUCUCUCUCUCUCUCUCUAAGACACACACACGCACACACACCAACACACUGCUGGUACUGUACUGAGUGGCAAACAACCUGAUAAUGGUUGUGAACCAGGAUAUACUGUAACAAGGACUGUGCUGAUGUUAAUAUUGGGUAUUCUGAGCCUGUAUAUAAAUAUUCUGACAUAUCAUUUACCUCUCUUCAUAACUGGAUUUGUGUUAUAUAGUAGCUCAUUAUAUAGUAGUGCUACAGUGCUAAUGCAUCUCUCUCUAGUUAAACAGUGUGUAGACAUAUUGUCAUCUGUAAAAUGCUUGUAUUCAUUGUUUUAAAUAGAAACAUGUUAUGUGAUUUGCCAUAGGCUUGUGCUUUUUUCAUUAUCAAUUAUUAGUACAAAUCUCUUUAGUAAAAGAUGAGGCUCAGAAAAGAAAGGCUCAGUAAGAAAGGAACCUAGCAAUUGACCAGCUUCCUGAUUGAAUGUGAUUGGAUUGUUAAAACAAUGUGACUUGCAGUUGGACACAGACGGUUGGCAGAACAGUACUGAGAGGAUACACGCUGCACGCAGGCAGACACACACAGACACACAGACACACAGACACACACACACAUUUAGAAAGGUAAUCACAUAGUUAGUUCAGAUGUAUGACUACUUUAACAAACAGGUUAUUGAAGAACAUGAGAAAAGAGCAACAAGGAGAGUAAAUACUGAGACCCGUCGCUCAGGUAAGAACUAAGAAAAUGAUCUAUUACACACAUACACGCACAUGUGCACACCUUGAAUUUCGUGAUUUUAGGCGCAAGGCUAUUUGCCCUUCAAGAGGUUCCCAAUCUGCCAGGGCACCAAGGCAAUCUGCCAGGGCACCCUGUCCAUGAUCCACAAUAACCUGUUAAAUUGAUUUGAAAAACACUAGCCAUUCUGUUAAGAAAAACAUUAGUCUAUGUAAAGGUCAUACAUAAUUACAAUAUUGGAACAAUAGCGCUUUUAGCUUACUGCUGUGUGCAUUGCUGUUGUUAUAAUGUGAAGAAAUAGCCUAAUAGUUCAUUAACAUUUUAAGCUAAAUGUUCUGAUCUGUUGCAUCAGCCUCUUUGAUUUUAAAC